AUGUGCGUGAGCGCUCUGCUAAAUAAUGCACAUCUCUGCUUUGAAGUUACUGAUUUGUUCAACAACACAUUUCCUGCUUGCGCGCCUAUUUUAAAAUCUACUGUUCAGAGAACAGUAUCACGAUUUGCAGAAACAGGAUCUGUAAAUGAUCGACCACGUUCGAGAAGACCUCGAACUGCAACGGAUGCUGACAACAGUUUGGAAGUUUUGCAAUCUUAUGUGGAGAAUCCUCACACAUCCUUAUCAAAAGCUGCACAUAUGCGUGGUAUUAGUAAAACUUCAAUCCGUAAAAUUUUGAAAGAACAUCGUUUUCAUCCAUUCAAAAUUAAGCUGGUUUAUCAGUUGGCGGAAGAUGAUUUUGAUAGGAGACUUGAGUUCUGUAAACAGAUGAUGAUGCGUAUUGACGAAAACAAUAAUCUUCUUAAUUUAAUAGUAUUUUCAGAUAAAGCCACAUUUGAACUGAAUGGGAAUGUUAAUCGCCACAAUUGUAGAUAUUGGAGUAAUGUAAAUCCUCACUGGAUGAGGGAUAAUCAUACACAAUAUCACCAGAAAUUAAAUGUAUGGGCAGGAAUAAGUGGGAAUAACAUAAUAGGUCCUUUUUUUAUUGACGGUAACUUGAAUGCUGAAAACUAUUUGACAUUAUUACAAAAUGGAAUUGUUCCUGCAAUUCAACAAUUAUUCGGCGAAGAAUUUGAUAAUGUGUGGUUUCAACAAGAUGGGGCUCCUGCUCAUUUCGGCUUGCAAGUGCGUGCAUUUUUCGAUCACAUUUUCCCAGAAAAGUGGAUUGGUAGAAGAGGUACAUUAAAGUGGCCACCCAGAUCACCUGAUCUGAAUCCUCUAGACUAUUUUUUUGAGGGUCAUUUAAAAAGUAAAGUGUACGCUACAAAACCUCUAAAUCUUCAAGAUCUUAAAAAUCGCAUUCGUGAUGAGGUAACUCUCAUCACACGCGAUCAACUGCAAAAUGUGAUCAAUAGCUUUUAUGUACGACUGGGACAAUGCUAG